AUCUGUGCGAAGUGGCUGGGUGGAGGGUGUGCACAGCAUGAUGCAACACCAGCCUGCCCUCCACUUCCUCUGCAGUGGUGGUAUGUAAAUUCUGCUGUUAACACCAACUUUAGAUCCCAUGUACAGAGGGGCCUAAAAGACUGGAUCAGUAUUAACAUGCAGCAUGCGCUGCUGUCCAUGUGAUGGAAAAGUGUAUUGUUGCUGCCAUUCAUGUUUUUCCUACUGGUUGUGUCUGGAGAUGGUACACGCUCCUUCCAUAAAUACACAGUGAGUGCACUGUCAACUCUGCUAAUAUUAUAUUGAAGUCCUCUUCAGUUCCUGAGUUAUUAAAAAAACCUGAGGAUCUGAAAACAAUUUUACUUUCUUCUUUUGUGUGCUUUUGGUUUGUUUGUCAUUAAGGAUGGGCUGACUUUGAAAUGCCAUAGAGACUACAAAAUAAAGUAUAAAAAACCCACCAACGCCAUUUAAAGCUGUGUGGUACUUGAAUUAGAGUAAUAUAUGGUUGGAGUGCAACAAGGCUCCACCUUGCAAUAGGAAGGCGGUUGUUUUUUCCUCCAGUGACUUGUUUUCUUUUCACGCAGGAGGCAUAGAUGUGAUCUUCACUCUGCAAGGGGAUCCCAGCCUGUUUGUGGCUUCAGCUGCCAGUCAGCUUCUGGUGCACAUGCUCACCCUCUCUGUAGAGUCUGAAAUGACUAAACCUCUCGAUACAAAGGACUGUGACUGGCCAGCGUGUGCCAAAAUGAUUAUAAAGCAUAUUGAAGAUUCCCUUCAGUCCAGCUCUGCCUCUCACAUCGAGCAGUCAUUAAAACUGUUAACUAGUUUGUUUGGCAGUUGUCGUGCUCCGUGGACUGAAGUGCUUUGGUUAGGCGUAGCAAAGCAAGUAGAAUCCUUUUUGACGGAAGAGACUGUUCAAGCACAGCACAUGGUGGCAAAUCUUUUGCUUAACAUGGCAUGGUCCCCUGUGUUUUGUGACUCUGAAGGCAGUUUUUGGGCAUUAGUGACUUCUGCUCUGGAACACUUAACUCCACUACAAGCUGGUCCUUUGGCAGUCGGAAUCCUGAGGGUCUACAAAUGCCCACAAGAUGUGAGGAUUCAGGCACUGACUGUUCUACUUCAGCCAAUGGACUGUAUUUUGAGAGCAGCCUCCCAGCCUCUGGAAUAUGCAGGUUUGCUGGAUGAGUCUGUUAGUGAUCCCAUCACUGUUGAAAGUCUUCUGACCUCCAAGUCAUCUUGUGCUAGUCUCCUGUGUCAGACCCUCGCUCAUCUGGAGGAGCUGCUGUCUCUGGUUCGUUUGCCAGUGGAUUUACCCUAUACACCUUUGCUACGCUCCCUCAUGACAAUAUUACAAUUCUGUAAUGGGUUCCUGAGGCCAGCUUCUCCUCUGGGAAGCACAAUAAGCCGAAUCUUGAUCAAUUGCUUCAGAGUCCAGAGGUCAGCUCUUGAUGUCAUAGCAGCAAUCCCAGAGAAAAGAGACUGCAACGCACUCAUAGGAAGUCUAUUUGAUGUCCUUCUGGCAUACAUGGAGAGUCCAAACACCAGCCCUACUGUUCUAAAGAAAACAUUUCACGCUUCAUUAGAGUGGUUGGUGUGCUUGCAGGAACUGUCCUAUUCCAACAGUCAGUGGGAACAAACCAAGAUUUUGGAAGAUGUGUUUCUGGUGCUGCAGAAGCAUUUGUGCAGUCCUUGCUGGGAAGUAAGAGAUUCUUCUCUGGAGUUCGUCACUGAGAUGAUUAAAUACUUGCAAGACCACGAUGAGUUCAGGCAGUCUCUCCUGUCUUCAGAGGUGCCGAGGCUUACAGAAAGUCUUCUUGAGGAUCCAGAAAGCUACGUGCGAGCAAGUGCUGUGAUUGCUGUGGGACACUUGGCCUUCAUUACUUACUUUGCUCCAGAGUCACCUGUCACAGGGAAUCAGUUUAAUAAAGAGAACACUGUAGCAAAGCUUCAAGAAAUCUUGUCAACAGACCCAGAGGGCUUCCCUAGGAGGGCUGUGAUCAAAAUCUUCACCAAGUGGCUGAAACAAGACUGCCUAGGUCAGCUGGAAGAGACAGAGCAGUUUGUCUCUAGAGCGAUCCAAACUGUGGAGCAUGACUUAGACUGGGAAGUCAGACUUUAUGGUUUGAAACUGGUUGAAGUUUUCUGUACUCACACAAUUUGCCGUCUUGGCGUUCCUAGACGCCCAUAUGCUCCUGUCUUGUCUGCAGCCCUUAGUUCUAUUCCUCAGAAUGAGCCGCUGCAGAUAUUUUGCCGAGCAAAACUGUUCAGCUUUUUGUUUCGGUCUUUGUGUGACUGUGACAAACCAGUAGGUCACAGAGCCUGUCAUAUACUGCUUGUCUUAAGAAGUAAUUUCUGUUCAGGUAGUACCCUGAAGGAUUCACAAGGGACUGGAGAUUCACAAUGGUCUGGAGAUUCACCUGCAGGUCACAGCAUCGCCUGGUUACAAAGGACACUGAGGCAGGGUUCUCUGUCCCAGAACUUCCCCACAGAUGGUGGUAACGGGGUGGAUUUUCAAGAUCCAUGGAGCAUGAUACUAGCUUUGGGUACUAUAGACUUUGAAGAGCUACGUGAUGAGCUAAAUAAAAGUAGUGACCAUGUGGAGAAAAGCCCUCAGUCCCUCUUACAGGACAUCCUUGCUACUGUGGGGACCAUAGAGGAGAACGAAGCUGACUGUUACUGAAGACACCUUGUGCUGUGAGGGAGGGAGCAGUGCUUAAGCAGUUUUCUACUGGAGGAGAAUUUUUUGCUACCAGUCAUUUCUCGAGACAGGAUAAAAAUAAGUGUUACACUGGAUGGAGAACAGAAUGGUUUUGUUGGCUGUUAAAACGGGUUAGAAAGUCUUUGCUUUAAUACUGAUGAA